AUGCAUCGGUCUUCAGCUGAAUCUAGACAAGACGAUGUUCAUGCGGACCGGAUGGGUUUCGGAUGUCCGAUGAACGACCUGACCCCCGAGCUGGGUAGGAGGAGACGAGCGGCUUGGAGAGCGUAUAAGAGCAUCGAGGAUGUAGUGAAGAACACCCGGCUCCGUGCUCACCUCUUCAACACCACCGUACUUCCUGUAUUGACCUAUGCUUCGAAAAUCUGGGCAUUUCGCAAGCAGGAAGAAAACGCGGUGAGCGUCAUUGAACGCGCAAUUGAGAGAGUGAUGCUAGGAGUAUCCCGUUUCACGCAAGUGAGGGACGGGAUUCGAAGUUCUCUCCUACGUCAACGAUCGAAGAUUAGAGACGCCGCCGCGUUUGCCAAGGAAAGUAAAAUAAGGUGGGCCGGACACGUGAUGCGCUUUAACGACAACCGUUGGACCAGAGCCGUUAGGCGCACUACAGGAAGACCACCGACCCGAUGGUCAGAUUUCUUCACGAAGUCCUUCAAAGAAAAGUAUGAUGCUCUUCGUGUCCCACGCGAAAGGAGGAACCACUGGGCUACUUUGGCACGCGACCGGGACAAAUGGAAGAAUUACUGGCGCCCUCUCGACCAGUUCGAAGAUCAACGGGAGUCAAGGUGGCCUUCCGAUGGCAAAAAUAUCAAAGGUGGAGAUAAGAUAUGGAGGCAUUUUCUGGAAGCAUUCAAUUGCAUGCCUGUAGCUGCUAUCAUCGCAGGAAAGAUUUUUUGUGCCCAUGGUGGAAUAUCACCGUUUAUCCAGAAACUGGAAGACAUCGACAAGAUAAAACGUCCAUCAGUUGUACCCGCCUAUGGAAUCGGGUGUGAUCUCUUGUGGUCGGAUCCGUCUCCACAAAGAGAUGGCUGGGUGCUGAGCCAUAGAGGGAUUUCAUUUCUGUUUGGUCCAAAGGCGGCCGAGGAGUUCUGUAAAAAGCACAACAUAGAAAUUAUACUGAGGGGUCAUCAAAUUAAUAACGAAAUGUAUAAAAGUGGAUAUCGGUUCUACUUUAGUGGUCGUCUUGUUACUUUGUUUUCCGCUCCAAAUUACAUGAAUUACAAGAACAACUCGUGUGUUAUCACUGUAAAUAGUAAGCUCCGCCUGAAAUUCACCGUUUUCCGAUGUCGCUAUUACCAAAUUGGCAAGAAGAAGAAAGGACAUAAAGAAAAAAAGAAGAAAAACGGAACCGUUGCCGUAGAGGAUGAAUCGUCCGAGGAUCUCCGCCCACAAUGCUCCUCUCCGCAGACAUCUUCUAUGGAUUUAAGCGAAUCCAUGGGGCGAAAACAAGGAAGUGGUGCAGUGCAGACUCCGGAGAAGACCUGGAACAGAACUCAAAAUAGCAGCUCUAAAAAAGUGUCCGAUUCUCCAGCUGCACCGAAAACCACUUCGCAUAAAGAAGAAUUCUUCUUGUGGGCGAAGAAAAGAGACACAAAGGGCACUCCACUAAAGUCUCCUGAAGCUAGUCAAAAGGCGGAUAAUGAAGUGACACCAAUCGUCACACAGGAAUAG